UUUAGUAACGAUUGGGUUACCGUGAAUGACGGUUGAUCGGCAAAUCACGCGUUUGAGUUUAAAAAAAAAACGAUUUUCCGUCUUAUAAGUGUUGUUUUAAUUUAGGAAAAGUGAUUUUUAGAAUCAGUAAUAUUACCAGUGAUUGAGAAAGUGUUAAAGAAACAUAUUUCUCUCCAUAACUUCUUGUAAGGCAUUAUAGAACCAUGUAUUCUUAAAGCCUUCUUGUAGGGCAGUAUGACCUUUAUAUGUAAAGAGGCAUACUAAUGAGAGGAUCAAGGACUUCUUUGCAUAUUUAAACAGAAACUUAUCGUCAUAAGUCCUUUAUAAGUCGAUUAUAAGACCUCUGAAACGUUUUGGUUUAAUAAAAAACCAAUUUUCCUCCUGGGUGAUCCUUUUUAGUGACUAUCUUAUGGAUUUAGCAGUGCAAAGUGGUAGUGAUCUAUAAAUGUCUAAUUCAGUAUCUCUAUCGCAUCCCAACGAGUUAGGCCAUUUCCCGCCCAAUGACAUGAACAAUCACUCAGCAACACCUCCGGAUUCCCCAGAUGGUAUCUGUACCGAUAGGAAAUCCUCGCCAAAUUCCCCGUCGCAGGCGGACAAUAGCCUCUCACCGCCACCCGCCGGAAAUGGAUACCAUUUGAAUGGGAGCUACCAAGCUAAUUUCAUUCACGCCACAACAAAUCAAUUCACCAAGAACACUGUGCCGAGUAUCAGGAAAUCCUUCAAUAUUGACGCCCUCUUGGCCAAGGGGCACACCACCGACAGUGAUGCCAAAAGACAAAUUGAUAUUGACUCUCCGGAUUCAGGAGGGCGUUUUCCCAACGACGACGUCUUCAGUGAAGACCGUCGCGAAUUUACGCCGAGUCCUGAAGAAAAAUACCCACGAUCUGAAUCACCAUCAUCUCAGCGAUCUAGUCCAUCCAUCAGUCCAGGUUGUGAGGAACAGGCCCUCCAAAUGCAUCAGAUGCACCUGCAUGAUCCAUUUAAAAAACCCAUGCCACCCCAAUUGCGUCCGCAAGACUUCUCACCACUCUACAACAACUAUCCCUAUCACCUCAUACCCGGCGGAUCGGCUUUUCAGAGGCCAGUUGAAAUGAAACCACUUCCUAUGCCAAUGGGAAAUCAUGCUUUUAUGACACAACAUAUACCUAUUGAAUACUUAGCAAGGGCCGGAAUGCUACAUCCUCGAUUUCCAGAUCUCACAGGUUGUUCAGCACAGACAAUUUUGGGCAAAACCCGAAGACCACGGACAGCCUUCACAUCACAGCAACUCCUCGAAUUGGAGAAGCAAUUUAAACAGAGUAAAUAUCUUUCCAGACCUAAGAGAUUUGAGGUGGCUAGCAGUUUACUUCUGUCGGAGACACAGGUUAAAAUAUGGUUCCAAAACAGACGAAUGAAAUGGAAGCGCUCCAAGAAAGCCCAACAAGAGGCCAAAUCCAAAGAUCAUUCGUUGCAUUCAAAUAAUGGAUCAUCGAAUAUAUCAGACUCAGAUAAGUCCUCAUCUAGCUCCUCAUCAUCAAUGCCCAAGACACCAACUGCGCCAGGUAUUGCUGUCCAGAGUGGAGAAAAAAUCAACAAUGAGAAGCAACUAACGGCUCUACCAGAAAAUGCAAUAAAUCGAAAUUUUGGUGUGAUGAAGUCCAGUCACAUAAUCAACAGCACCAGCAACAACAACAAUGAACAACAUCGAAUUGUUAACAAUUUGAUGACAUCAAAUCUAAAUAAUUUCAGCAACUUGGUCGAAGAGAGUGUUCCAGCAAGUGCAAUACUGAACCGAAGAGGGGUUGUCUUUACCGACGGCGUCAUGUCCAAUGGGGACAUGUUUAGGCCGUAUGUUGUGUAAAAUUGAAAAGGUAAAAGAAACGCACUCACAUGUACUUUAAAUACCCUUCUAUGCUCUACAUUCAUUUGCUGGACUCUAUCUCUAAAUUCAUUGAAUUGGUCAAAGCAAUAUGCUUCCUAAAAAUGGUUAAUUUCGACAUUGUAAGAAGACUAAUGGGUUGCGCACAAUUAAUUAGUUUUUCAAGCUGUUUUUAGUACAUAAACCUCUGAUUGGGCACUCAAUGGGUCAAGUGAUAGAGCACUCGCUCUAUAAUGCAAGUGUCCCAUGUUCGAAUCCCCUUUAGGUAGGUCAUCAGGAAUUUUUCUGGCGUUAAAGGUGUUCGGAUUGCAUCCAGUGGGCUUCACUGCACUCUUUAUUCCACGGGCAUGGGCCUGACAACUUCAUCCCGUACAAGAAAAAAUAAUAAAGCAUGUCUAUAAAUCCCCUUGCGGGAAGGCCUUGUUCCUUCAUGGAAUGCUGUGCCAGAAUUAUUAUUAUUAAAGCUCUCUGGUAUUCAGGUGACAGCUGUCAAACACAUGAGAAAGUCAAAAAAUCCGUCUUCUCGCAUUGGUUUUAUCUGUCAUUUUCGGUCCCAAUCACCCGAUUACCGGACAGAUCGGUAUAUCUAGUUUUAACCUUUAUUUUGAUUACUUUGUUGGUCGGUAAUUAAGCGAGAAAAAUGUUUUUGGCCAUGUUCGAUUUUAUUUAUUAAGAAAAUGCCGAUAAAAGUCAAUAUAGCUUUUCAACAAUUAUCCAACUUUUUUAUCAUUUCCAAAAAGGACACUCUUUCAAAGGCGCUUAGUAGUUCCCCAGCAAAUUCGAUCUGCAAUUCUGCACUUUUGAAAUUUUAACGUUUUUUGUCAUUCAAUCGGAUACUUCGUGUGGCUUCGGGAUAGUCGUGCGACUUCGUGAGCAUCGUGAAUUUCUUUCGUGUUUUCUAACUAUUUCCUUCCCCUUCGUAUUUUCUAUUAUGGCUGAUUUAAUAAUAUUGUAUUAUAACAUUAUAAUAAUAUUGUAAAAAAAAGAGAGUAUUCACGUAAAAUUGUUGAAUAAAAAUUGAAUUUUAAAUAAAUUGAAAUACAUAUUUUUAUGUAGUUAAAAUAAUGUUUAGAAACAUUAGAAAGGGUAAAAGAAAUGUAGAAAUCAUCUAAAUACUCUAAAGAAAUUCUGCCGAUAAUUUUAAAAUUUUCUAUAGAAAUUCUGCAGAAAAUUCUGCAGAAUUUUCAUACAACGAUCGGAUCCACCUUAGAACAAAAUUCUGCAGAAAUUCUGCUGAUUUUUCGGCAGUUAGUAAUUCAAAUCUGACGAAUUUCUGCAGAAUUCUGCAGAAUUUGCCGGGUGGGUCGUCAUUUGAAUAAAAUCGCAAAUAUGGCGGCUGAAAGAUCAAUUUAAAUCAAAUUUUGGUCUAAAGCGGGCAAACGCGGCAAUUAUCACGCGACGAGCUCUUACAUACCCAAAAUAUCAUAUAGGAUUAGGAAGAAACGGUCAUACGAUCUCUUUGUGAGCUUAAAUAACUCCCUUAAUUCCCUUUUGGGGUCGUUCAACACAAUGUCAUUGAUCCGGAUUAUUCAGCGCCAUUUUUAUUUAUGCUGCCACACCGAAAGUUCAAAAACAAACUUUGAAGACUCCAGAUAAUACUUACACAGCUCUCUCUGAUAUCCGGUUGACGUGGGGACAAAAUGACAUUUGAGUUUUUUUUUUAAUCUGGUCAAUGAUUUUUCUAUUUUGAGCUGUCUGAAUUUAUUUUCAGUCGAAAAAAAAAACAGAAUUUCCUUUGUGAUGCGUUUUUAUUUUGUACCACAAUUAAGUAUCAAAGGCUUUGAUAAAGUGAAAUAAUAAUUCAUGCCUGUCAGCUGUCAGUGUUUGUCAGCUGUCAACCGGAUAUCGCAGUGCCGGAUAUUGGAGAGAGCUGUGUAUCUAGCUUGGAUUUUGUUUGGGUUAUCGUUUCCUUACGUAAAUAAUAGUGGCCAAUGAAAAAACGAAAUUCAGAGCAAAAAAACUUUUAGGUUGGUUACUUCUAUUAGCUGUGAUUUGACAAUCCCCUGCUUCGAUUGCUGUCAUAUUUUGACACAUGUCAUUUAAAGAUAUGGGUGAUUCGAGAUAUGCAAGAUCCAUUUAAGAUUUUUUGAUACUACUAACGGCAUAUACUCGUCAUCCUGUGGACUUGUUGAAUGACCUGUAAGGGAAUUCUGUAAUAGUAUGACAAUGUCAUACAGUAGACUCUCUCAAAUUCGUGCAUAUGGGACCGAAAUGUCAGCCGAAUUAGACAGAAAUUCGGGCGACAAACUUUUUGAAAUGCAACGAUUUUUUAUUCAUCUGCAUACACACAUUGAGUUUACACACUCAUUUAUAUCGUAAAUUGCUUGAAAAUCCCUUAACAAUAAAAAUCACAUCAAACUAAGACAAACCAUGCCAAAUUUGAGCAUAUUUGCUUCAUUUGAUAAUCAUAAUCAAACUUGAAAAAUGACAACAAACUUUUUUCAAAAGUAACCGCUGCCCGAAUUUAAAAGUAGCCCGAUCUUAAAAGAGCCAAAUUAGCGAGAGUCUACUGUAAGUUCCCAAAAGCUACAUAGAACUCUUUGUAUUGGCUAUUUAAUGCUCACUGGGCUUUAAUAUUGUCCUGCUCUUGAAUUUUACCACGAAAAUUUGCCAUAUUUCGUUGUCAUUCUGUUACAGAAUUUUUCCUCUGGAUCUCAUUCACUCUCAUUGUAAUGUGAAAAACACGCUUACAAAACAAAAGUUAUUGUGCGUUGGGCAUAAUGCAAUGAAAAUAUUUGAUUUUGUCCAGUAUUAUUUUCGAAAAUCCGUAUGAUAGUCAUGACUUUUAGAAACAAGAUUUAGACGAUGAUUCUUUAUAAGCUAUCAAACAUGUUUACAAUGCCUCGCUAAACAUAUGUAAACAUGUUUUUGACAUUUCAAUAUGAGUGAGUGAGAUCUCGAUCUAGUCAUCUCGCUCAUUCUCAUAGGAAAUUUUGAAAACAUGUUUACAAACAAAAGUUAUUGUGCGCUGGGCAUAACUCACAAAAACUGUAUCCGAAAAAUCUUUGAAAAACAAAAUUGUUUGUGCGCAGCCCAUAAGAAUUGCCAAAAUUAUAAAAUUUUCGAAAUUACGAAAAUAAACUGCAGAAGGGUAUUUUUCUAAUUUGCUCUAGUUUUUAAUAAAUCUGUAAAUAUCUAUCAUAAGUCCUAUCUUGCAGAAAGAGAAUUAAAUUAAAGAAAACAAAGGUAAAUAGCUGUAUUUAUUUAAAGAAAACGAUGUAAAUAAUAAUUUAAAAGAAAUGUGUGAAAUUCAAUUAAAUUAUUAAAAUAAAGAAAUAGAAAAAUUUUGUUUCAAAGUGAAAUAAAUUACUACAAUGUUCCUAAAAAUGUAUUUAAACAGAGAUUGAGAAAAAAAAGAAAA